GGGUGCUGCGCGCCCCCGGGGUUCUUCCCCACCGCUCCUUAUUGCUCUCCUCCUACACGGACGGCAGAGACCCGUCCCCGGGUCCCCAGCUCUCCCUUUUGUCCCCCCAAGCCCCGGGCUGACACGCCUCCCGCUCUCGUUUCUCAGCCACCCUUCCGGAGAGCACAGGGGUGCAGGCUCCCCACGCCUUCGCCUUCUCCGGGCAGGCCCCUGCAGGCAUCCACGUCGCGGGGAGGUGCGCUCAGUGCCGUGCGAGCCCGCGCGGGCCGAGGGCGCGUGCUUGGAAGGCUCCCCGGAGCCCCUCUGGCUCGCCCCAGGCGCAGGCGCGGGAUGGAGGCGCGCUUCACGCGGGGCAAGUCGGCGCUGCUGGAGCGGGCGCUGGCGCGGCCGCGCACCGAGGUCAGCCUGAGCGCCUUCGCCCUGCUCUUCUCCGAGCUGGUGCAGCACUGCCAGAGCCGCGUGUUCUCCGUGGCCGAGCUGCAGGCGCGCCUGGCCGCGCUGGGCCGCCAGGUGGGCGCCCGCGUCCUGGACGCCCUGGUGGCCCGUGAGAAGGGGGCCCGGCGCGAGACCAAGGUGCUGGGGGCGCUGCUGUUCGUCAAGGGCGCCGUGUGGAAGGCGCUCUUCGGCAAGGAGGCCGACAAGCUGGAGCAGGCCAACGACGACGCGCGCACCUUCUACAUCAUCGAGCGCGAGCCGCUCAUCAACACCUACAUCUCCGUGCCCAAGGAGAACAGCACGCUCAACUGCGCCAGCUUCACGGCGGGCAUCGUGGAGGCGGUGCUGACGCACAGCGGCUUCCCCGCCAAGGUCACGGCGCACUGGCACAAGGGCACCACGCUCAUGAUCAAGUUCGAGGAGGCGGUCAUUGCUCGAGACCGGGCCCUGGAGGGCCGCUGACCCCACGGAGAUAAAGGAUGACGCGCCCUUGCCCUCGUG